AUGGAGGAUGAAUACACAAGUGAACAAUUGGAGGAGUUCAAAGAAGCUUUCAGUCUUUUCGACAAGGAUGGUGAUGGUACAAUUGAUGCAGAGGAGCUUGGUACCGUACUGCGAUCACUCGGUCACCAGCCUACAGAAGAAGAAGUCGAAGAUAUGAUCAAAGAGGCGGAUAUGGACGGCAAUGGGACAAUAGAUUUUGAGGAGUUCAUUCAAAUGAUGCCUGCAGCCUCAAGAAAUGAAAGGGAUGAAAACGCAGAAGAAGAAAUGAGAGAAGCAUUCCAAAUAUUUGAUGCCGAUGGCAAUGGAAAGAUUACAAGCGAAGAGUUGCGACUGAUUAUGGAGAAUCUGGGAGAGAAGUUAACUGAUGAGGAGAUAUCAGACAUGGUGAAGGAAGCAGAUAUCGACGGGGAUGGAGAGAUCAACUACGAGGAGUUCGUGCGAAUGAUGUUUAGAUAA